UCAUGAAUAUGGAAAACCAAGUGACUGAUACUUCUGAAGAGCGUACAUUCCAGUAUCAGAGAACUCUACCUUCACUUCCAGUUCCUGCUCUUGAUGAAUCUUUAAAGAAAUACCUCGAUUCAGUAAAGCCUUUCCUAAACCAAGAAGAAUAUCAAAGAACUGAGAGCAUAGUAAAAGCUUUUGAAAAUGGGAUUGGAAAGAAACUGCAGCAAAAGUUACUUGAAAGAGCCAAAGUAAAGCGGAAUUGGCUGGAAGAAUGGUGGCUGAACAUGGCCUAUCUUGAAUCCCGUAUAUCAACACAGAUCUUUCAUAAUUUUGGAGGUCCAGGCCCAUACCUUGAACACUACUGGCCGGUGAAGGAAGGGACUCAGAUAGAAAGAGGAAGCAUGAGUGUGUGGUAUACCUUGAAAUACUGGGAACUAAUAAGAAUGGAAAAAUUGGCCGUACAUAGAUCUGGUAAUGUGCCUCUGGACAUGGAUCAGUUCCGAAUGUUGUUUUGCACAUGCAAGAUUCCUGGAAUUACUCAAGACUCCAUUGCUAAUUAUUUCAGGACAGAGGGUGAAGGAGAAUGCCCAUCUCAUCUGGUCGUGCUGUGUCGAGGUCGGAUUUUUGCUUUUGAUGCUGUACAUGAUGGUCAUAUAUUGAGCCCACCCGAGAUUUCCAGGCAACUUAUGUACAUCCAAAAGAGGUGCUGCAGUGAACCAGAGGGGCCAGGAUUAUCUGUCUUAACCUCUGAAAAGAGAACCUGGUGGGCAGAGACACGUGACUAUCUUAUUAACCUGGAUCCAAAAAACCUCUCCCUGUUGGAAAAAAUACAGACCAGUGUGUUUACAGUCUGCCUGGAUGAAGCAAGUCCUCAGGCGACACCUGAAAAUUAUACAGAGGUCACCAAGUUGGCACUAGCAGGAGAUCCAAUGGUGCGUUGGGGAGACAAAUCCUAUAACUUAUUUGUGUUCUCAAACGGGAUAUUGGGCUCGCUCUGUGAUCACGCUCCUUUUGAUGCAAUGGUUGUGGUAGCACUCUGUUCGUACAUUGAUAACAAGGUCAUUGAAUCAGAGGGAAGAUGGAAGGGAUCAGACAAAGUGCGGGAUAUUCCUUGGCCCGAGGAACUUGUUUUCAGCUUGGACCAGAAAAUGCGAAAUGACAUUGCUCAUGCUAAAGAGCAAUAUCACAAGCAGGUAUCUGACAUACAGCUUGUGAAUUAUGCCUUCACAUCUUUUGGCAAAUCACUAAUCAAGAAGCAGAAGCUUCAUCCUGACACGUUUGUUCAGCUUGCUCUCCAGCUGGCCUAUUAUAAACUUCAUGGACACCCAGCAUCCUGCUAUGAAACUGCUAUGACUAGACGCUUCUACCAUGGCCGGACAGAGACGAUGAGGCCGUGCACCAUGGAAGCGGUUGAAUGGUGCAAAUCUAUGCUAGAUCCAGACUGUACCCCUGGCCAACGACACCAGCACCUACUGAAGGCAGUUUCAAAGCACAACAAACUGAUGAAGGAGUGUGAGAAUGGAAAAGGAUUUGACCGCCAUCUUUUCGGCCUCCUCCUUGUGGCCAAAGAUCAGUGCCUUCCUGUGCCAGAACUUUUCUUGGAUCCUGCUUUCAGCAGAAGUGGCGGAGGUGGAAACUUUGUGCUGUCCUCUAGCCUGGUUGGCUACACGAGAGUGGGAGGAGCGGUGGUUCCUAUGGUGCACCACGGCUACGGCUUUUUCUAUAGAAUUAGAGACGACAGGAUUGUUGUGGCUUGCAGUGCCUGGAUUUCAUGCUCUGAUACAGACGCAGAACAACUCUGUAAGAAUCUGUUCCAGUCUUUUCAGGAUAUUAUCCAGUUAAUGGCCACAGCCCAGCUGUAGAGAAGAUACUGCAAUAAGUGCCUUUAUUCCAUUGUGCAUUACCAUGUAUACCAAGCACCUGC